AACGUAUCGGAUUUUACCCAACUGCAUAAAUUCGGCGCCAUUUGAACAUGUGAGAGUGUCGUUUGAAAGAGAUUGUUGGCUCUUUAGUGAUCCAAAAUAAGGAAAGAAGUCAAAUAGUUGAGCUGGUGGAUCUUAGUUGCACACCAGGUACUCAAAAUGUGAUGGAGGUGUUUGUUCAGUAACGUGAUUUGUGUCUUAUUAUAGACUGUUUCACAGAGAAUGGAGCUGAAUGAGUCGACAUUGCAGUCCCUGGCUGGCUACCUACAGCAAACUCUGUCCCCAGAUCAGACAGUACGGAGACAAGCGGAGAAGUUCCUGGAGUCUGUAGAGAUACAGCAACACUACCCUCUCUUACUGCUACACUUGUUGGACAAAGACAAUGUGGAAUCACAUAUUCGGGUCAGCUCGGCCGUCACAUUCAAAAACUACACUCGCAGGAACUGGCGUGUGGUGGAUGGAACUGAUAAAAUACAUGCAGAAGAUAGAAUAACAAUAAAACAACAGAUUGUGGGUCUUAUGCUGAAAAGUCCAGAACAAAUUCAAAAACAGCUAAGUGAUGCUAUCAGUAUAAUUGGACGCGAGGACUUCCCAGAAAAGUGGCCAGACCUUAUCACAGAAAUGGUGACCAAGUUUCAGACGGGCGACUUUCACGUUAUCAAUGGAAUUCUUCGUACUGCUCAUUCUCUGUUUAAAAGAUAUCGUCACGAGUUCAAAUCACAACAAUUGUGGACAGAAAUCAAGUUUGUUCUGGAAAAUUUUGCGCGACCGUUCACUGAACUGUUCAAUGCAACAAUGGACUUAGCCAAGACCCAUGCCACCGAUCCUAGUGCCCUCAAAGUCAUCUUCAGUUCCAUAGUCUUAAUUUGUAAAAUAUUCUAUAGUCUCAACUUCCAGGACUUACCAGAACACUUUGAGGAUAAUAUGGCCAUUUGGAUGACCCAUUUCCUGACCCUGUUAAGUGCAGACAAUAAACUCCUACAGACAGAGGAUGAAGAGGAGGCUGGCCUCCUGGAGCAGGUGAAAUCUCAGAUCUGUGAUAACGUUGCCCUCUACGCGCAGAAGUAUGACGAGGAAUUCUCUCAACAGCUGCCCCAGUUUGUCACUGCCAUCUGGAACCUCCUGGUCACUACUGGUCAGCAAGUCAAGUAUGACCUGUUGGUAAGCAAUGCCAUCCAGUUCCUGGCGUCUGUUGCCGAGCGACCAUCAUACAAAAGUUUGUUUGAGGAUCCAGCAACCUUGUCCAGCAUCUGUGAGAAAGUGAUUGUUCCCAACAUGCAGUUUCGAGCUGCAGACGAGGAAUUGUUUGAAGAUAACCCUGAUGAGUAUAUCAGGAGAGACAUCGAAGGUUCUGAUGUGGACACACGGAGACGGUCAGCCUGUGACUUGGUGCAAGCACUCAGUAAAUCCUUUGAGGGAAUCGUAAUCCAGAACUUCUCUCAGUACAUACAAGCUCUUCUCGAGGAAUAUUCUAAAAAUCCUACAGGAAACUGGAAAUCUAAAGAUGUGGCGUUGUACCUCGUAACUUCUUUAGCAGCCAAAGCUCAGACACAGAAGCACGGUAUAACUCAGACAAGCAGCUUGGUAAACAUCACCGACUUUUUCCAGUCCCACAUAGCUCCAGAUCUACAAGCCAGUGACGUUAAUGUCAGUCCCAUUCUCAAGGCCGACGCGAUUAAGUACUUAAUGGUAUUUAGAAAUCAGUUACCUCGGGAAUCGUUAACGGCGAGUUUGCCACACCUGGUGCGCUUCCUGAAGGCGAACAGUCUAGUGGUGCACACAUAUGCCGCACACACCAUAGAGAGGCUCUUCAUGGUGCGCAGUCCAGACGGUGGCAAGCCUGCUGUUGCAUACACAGAUGUUCAGGCAUUUGCUGGUGAUAUGGUCAAUAAUUUAUUGGAGGCAUUGAACCACCCAGGAUCAACAGAAAACGAAUACAUAAUGAAAGCUAUCAUGAGGACGAUGUCCAUGAUGCAGGAGAAUGUACUUCCAUUUAUGGCUCAGCUGAUGAAGGUCCUCACAGAAAAACUCAUACAAGUUAGCAAGAAUCCCAGCAAGCCUCACUUCAACCAUUACCUUUUUGAGUCGCUUUGUAUCAGUAUCCGGUCCGUGUGUAAACACAGUAUGGAGGCUAUUCACCAGUUUGAACAGGCCCUGUUCACUCCCUUCACAGACAUCUUACAACAGGACGUCCAGGAGUUUGUACCCUAUGUGUUCCAAAUGCUGUCGCUGUUAAUGGACUACCACCAGGGGGUUAUCCCACACUCCUACAUGGUUCUCUUCCCAUUCCUGCUGGUGCCGGCUCUGUGGGAGCGUCCGGGAAACAUCCCCCCUCUAGUACGGCUCUUACAGGCGUACAUAGAGAAGGGAAACAAUCAGAUUGAGGCAGAAAAACUGAAUGGAUUACUAGGCAUCUUCCAGAAACUUAUUGCCUCUAAAGUAAACGAUCAUGAAGGAUUUUAUCUACUCAACAGUAUCAUAGAGCACAUGCCUCAUGAAGUCGUCACGCAGUACACAAAACAAAUAUUUGUUUUGAUAUUUCAAAGACUUUCCAGUUCAAAAACAACAAAAUAUAUCAAAAGUCUGCUGGUUUUCUUCGGGCUGUUUGCUGUGAAGUAUGGAGCAGGGAAUCUUGUGAAUACUGUGGAUAGUAUUCAACCCAAGAUGUUUGGGAUGGUAGUGGAGCGGUUAUAUCUACAAGAUCUACAGAAAGUAUCGGGACAUAUUGAGAGGAAGAUCUGUGCCGUAGGAGUGUCUAAUGUGCUCACAGAAUCCCCAGCCAUGUUACAGUCCUACGAUACGUUAUGGGGCCGCCUUCUUCAAGCUUUGAUCAGCCUGUUUGAAUUACCGGAAGACGAGUCUGUCCCCGACGAUGAACAUUUUAUCGAGAUUGAAGACACUCCUGGUUACCAGACAGCCUACUCACAGUUAGCAUUUGCUGGUAAGAAAGAGAGAGACCCACUGGGUGACGUUCCUGAUGCUAAACUACACCUUGCUAAACAACUUGGCAAACUGUCCGCUGCUCACCCAGGCAAGGUGCCUGUUCUGAUCAGCUCUGCUCUAGAACAGCAAGCGCAGGCCUUCUUACAGCAGUACCUGACAGCUGCCGGAGUUCAACUCGGAUGACAAGAAUGCCACUAGGUGUCUCCUCCGAUGAUCGUCUCCAUGACAGCAUCUGUGACGCCAAUUCUGUUGUCAUCAUGUGAUCCACAAAUAUACGUCUCCAUAAUAACACCCUUCCAAGUUAAAAACGGGGACUCAUGAUAUUCUGUAAAGUGAAUUUAAUUUACUUAGUGACAAGGUAUGGAAACAUGGUUCUAUUGUGUAUGUAAAGAUGGUAGAUAUAAGUCUAUUUAUUGGAGUCUUUAACACUUUAUUUGGUCACUUGUUUAUGGUCAGCUACGUACAUAGCUAUUGCUCUAAAAAAAGUGUUGACAAAAUCUGGCGACAAUAAUUGGAAAAAAAUCUUGUCGUUAAACUGGGAGAGAAGUUGGGGUUGGAGGGGCAGGAACUUACACCUCAAUAUCAAUGAAUUAAUUUCUUGACUUGACUAAGUGCUUUAUGCUUUAUGCUAACAAAUCUCCAUCUUGAUAUAUCAGAGGUACAUUGGAUAAAGACUUUGUGUUUGGUGACCCAUCAGAAUUUUGAAGCCUGUGAUUAUAUGGUCAAUUUUAACAGCCACCAUAUGUGUCCAUCAAUAUUAGUGCUGACAUGCUGUGGUUCAUCAGUACCAUUUUAUAUGUGAUAAAUACAAUGUACAGAAAACGUGCUAUGGGUAGGAAUUAUUGGUCGUCUGAAUUGACUUUCCUACAAAAGUACUGCUCUAAAUGAUUAAUAUUCUUGUCCAACCAAGACCGAAUGGUCUCUAAUUGAACAGCAUUCAGGAGACUUUUGCUGUAUUUCAACCUAAAAAACUAAGUGCUGUGUCUUUGUACUGGAAGUUUUGAUGCUUUACAAUCCACCGUUUUCCACUUCAACUUGUUUUGUUUUCCUACAGAGAGUUGUGAUGUAAAGAAACCAGGUAUUGAACCUUAGUAUUGUAGAAUCUCUAUAGUCCUGAUUUCUUUAUCAUUGUACGAGAUGUUUCUAUUUCAAUUCAUACCUACGAAGUAAUGUAGCAUCAACAUUGGAGAGCUUUCUGGUAAAUGUGCAAUUUUAGUAAAAGGGAUUCGUAGUGUAUGGCAUUGUUGUAUAUUUUAAAGCUACUUUCACAGUAACAAAGCAAGUUUUGUCAAAAACAAAUGUGUUGUUCACUUUUGUGUACAAAAUUGCAUGAUGGAAAUAAACAAUAUUAUUGUUUCAAAA